AUGGCCUCCAACACCCCCACCCCUCUCACCAAAGCCAACAACCCCCUCGACUUCAUGACCAAAGUCUCACCCUCAGCCUACGUUUACACCCCUCCCACAUCUACCAACAGCACCUCCCAGAACAACGACCCAAAACUCCUUCUCCUAGCCACCUGGAUGGGCGCCCGUGACGUCCAUAUAGCCAAAUACCUCCUCCCCUAUCAGUCCCUCUACCCCUCCUCCUCCAUCGUCCUGCUACGUUCCGAACCACGCCACUUCUUCUCCAAAACCUCGGCGCCGAACGACGUCGCUCCCGUGGUGCCCUUUGUAAAAUCCCUUUUUGUCGGGUCACCAACCCCAGGCGACAACACCAAGCCAGAAGUGCUGAUCCACCUCUGGUCCAACGGCGGCAGUCUAAUGCUGCACCACCUCCGCCAGGCCCUAACCCCCGAGGCCCUGCCCAGAUAUGUCAUCAUCUACGACUCUUGUCCCGGCCAGUACAGGUACUCGUCUGCGUUCAAAGCCUUCUCUGCUGGUUCAAAGGGGGUGGUGUACUGGUUAGUCGCGCCGAUGCUCCACCUCUUCUGUGCGUGGGGGUGGUUCUGGCACGUUUUUAUUGGGAGGAACAAGACGGGACCGUUGGCGUAUUUGAACAGGGGGCACAAUGACUGGGGGAAGCUGGGGGGGAGGGAGGUGAGGAGGGGGUAUAUCUACAGCGAGGGGGAUGAGCUGGUGCAUUGGAGGGAUGUGGAGAGCCAUGCCGAGGAGGCAAGGAGGAACGGGUUCGCGGUCGUGAGGUUGGAGAAGUUUAGGGGGACGGGGCAUGUGGCGCAUGGGAGGGGCGAGGUGAAUCAGGAGAGGUAUUGGAGGGUUGUUAGGGGGUUGUGGGAGGGGAGGUUGGAGUAG